UUGCCCUGAGUCGAGGUUCCGUUCAGAAGAACACAAGAACACAACAAGAAAAGAGAGAAAGUACACGAGAGCUGUAAUUUUUAUUCACCAAGAGCUUUAUUCCUCUAACCAACCAUGAGUGCUUUGUCGGUUGUCGAGCAUUUGAAGAGUUUAGCGGCAGAUCCGCAAAACAGAGCUACAAUCGUAAAGGAUCAAGGAUGUCUUGCAGGACUAGUUUUAUUUCUCGACAAUAAAGACCCCCAAGUAAUAUCGACUGCACUGGAGGCCUUGAAUUUUCUGGCUGACUAUUCCCCUAAUCGUCCAUGCAUGAAGGAGGAGAUGGGGUUGUUAUUGAGUUUGAAGACCAUUAUGAAUGGUACUGACACAGAACUACAGUCUCUCGCCAAAGAGGUGCACGACAAAGUUAUGCUGCCAAAGAAAAGAAAGGCCCCAUCUAGGAUGGGGAAUAACAGCAAUAACAAAUCCUUUUUCCUUGGCACCUCCAACAAAAAAGCUAAGCUGAUUGUCCUUCAAAUCAAAGGUCUUACAAAUCUGGUAGCAAGAAAGCUGUGCGAAGAGCAAAUGCUUAAAACAAGAGGUGUUAUCAGUUUUACCUUUGAUAUGAACAAAUCAAGAAUGAUGGUUCGAUGCAGACAUGACUGCCUCCCAAAGGACCUUGUACGAAAGAUUAAUGACACAAAAAUCCUCCAUGCCAAUCAAGUUGUCAAGAAUGAAUGUGGUGAAGAGACAAUGCUGUCGUUUGGACUGGGUACCUCAACAAGCUGCAAAGUGCCUGCCACUCUCCCGGACUACCUCCCAGAGGACGAUGAAGUCGAGAUUGCAGAUAAUGCUGUGGCUAAAGUUGGAGGUGACAAAGAAAAUGGAGGGGGGUGGUUUGGAAGUGUGUCCAAUUUUAUCAGCAAAUCAUUAUAUUGGUGAACAUCUGAUAACCCUUAAAUUGGAGCCACUUUUUUUAAUUUGAGCAUCAACAGUUGUGAUGCAAUGAAUGCAGCUACAACACCAUGUGUAAAUAGAUUAUUUUUCCCGGCUCCAACAUAAAUGUCGGCUAUGUUUUAUUAAUUCCUGAAUUAAGUGGGGGAGAAUUAUGUUAGAUAUCUUAGUUUUUAAUUAAAUUUCAGAAAAGAAACAAACCAUUGGUUCACUAUUGUAAAUAAUUUAGGCCAUGUGUAAAUAAAUAAGAAUAGACAUCUUUA